AUGCUUUCCGUUAAACUAUUGCUUACCGCCUUUGUUGCUAUAUUCGUAUGUGCCGAUGCUGCGUUUGAGAUUUCAGAUCUUGAAAUUUUGCUUGCUAACUCCAGUGAAUGUGGAGAAUGUAUAACCGAUCUUCAGAUUUUAGAAGCUGAUAAUGCCGAUUUACUUGUAGUUAAAACCUAUAAUACAACUGACAAAACAUUGGUUAAUCAAACUGUCGUUGCUGACCCUUCUCAAGAGACUAUUAACUUCGUCAACACGCAUAAUGAACUAACUUUUGAUGACUUUCAAGUUACUCAAGACGAAUGA